AUGUUAGCUAUUGGAUAUGUGAGUCUCUUGAUAGUUUUACUUGCGAAGAAUGUUGCUGGCAACUGUUUGGUUACUAAAUAUUGUGGUGUUGGUCGGUGUUGUUCGGCAUUUGGCGUCUGUGGUACAGGAACUCAAUAUUGUGGUGGCGGUGGUUCUUCACACUUAGGAUGGUCAAGUCCACCAUAUAUUGAUAAUGAUUGUCGCAUUGUAGGUUGUCGACCAGGUCUUUGCUGUUCAUCUUAUGGAAGAUGUGGAAGUGUAGCCACUUAUUGUGCUACUGUUUCGUAUAGCAAUUGUGGUACUAAAUCAUGUGGUGUUGGUCUUUGCUGUACACGAUUUGGAUAUUGUGAUAGAGUCGGCGCUUCUUGUGCAUAUAAAAAAUCAAGCACUCAAAGUCAACCAGUAUCACUCGAAGGUAAAUUUAAAGGACAAGCAACAUAUUACAAUGAAACCAAGGUCGGUACACAAUACUCAACAUGUGGCGUUGAACGAAGACUGUCGUUGGAUGAAAGUAAUCAAAAAGUUUAUGGCGCUGCUCUUAAUCAAGCACAAUUUGAUCCAUAUACUGUCCGUGGUAUUCCAAGCUCAAACCCAAUCUGCCAAAAGAAAGCACUGGUCAAAGGUCCAAAAGGUGAAAUUGUUGUUCGAUUUAUUGAUCGAUGUCCUGACUGUAAAGGAAAUGAUAUUGCUUUAACUCGAGAAGCCUUUAUUGAAGUUGCCGGAGAACUUGGUAUUGGUCAAACAUUUGUCGAAUGGUAUUUUAUGUAA